AGUUCCGCCGGAAAACGUUAUUGGAAUAACAGACGCGUUCACGGUUCACGACAGAGACAUUUCUCUACAACGACUUGUCGAGAAUCCCUGGUCAGUGCUGCCUUCUGGUGAGUAGAGACCGCCCAGACGCGGCCAACCGAAUGAAACGUUUUUGUCAGGUAAACAGUAUCUCCGAUCUGGGAGAUAAUAUUCACUCGAUAUAAAAGAUACAACCCCCUACAACACGCAGACGAUUACAGGGAUAUAUACGCAUUCAGAUGGAUAACAUACCGUCGGAAUACACGAGUGUUUGAAUAAUAUAUAUUGAUAUACACAAGUGACUGGAAAAUCCGCGUUGAUAAUACAAAAGUGAUUGCAUAAUACAUGUUGUGUUGAUAAUAAGCAAGCGGUUGGAUUAUAAUGUGUGUUGAUAAUAACAAACUGGUAAAUAGUAUGUGUUGAUAAUACACGCGUGGAUGAAUAAUACGUGUUGAUAAUACACAAGUGGUUGUAUAAUAGAGCAAUAAUACGCAAUCAAUAUAAUAAUACAAUGUGAUAAUUCGAAAUCCACUGGAUGAUAUAUCUUUAUAUUAUACUAUCACUUGGAUAAUACGACUUGAUAAUGGACAUUCGAUUGGAUGAUACACUUUCAACUGGAUAAAUAUUUUUAACAGCAUAAAAGAUUGUGAAUUUCGGUAAAAGAAUGUUUUCAUUAUUUUGUUGUAAUGAAAACAAUUAUUUUGGAAACGACUGGAUGAAUUAUUUGGAAAUGGGAAUGAUGUUUUCAUGAAAUGAUAAUUAUGGCAAGGAAUUGCAUUUUAGUUUUCGGUUUAUUUAUCUCUUUACUCGUUGACUAUGUGUCGAUGGAGGCAACUUGUUCCUUCGACAACGAAGAAUGCAGCUACCACAUCAAAGUGCAGCACGUGAAGGGGAACUGUGUGGUUCGAACUCUAACAGACGUCAACGCAGACGGCACUCGUUUACCAGACGACAGCGACGUGGUGAGCGACACUGAGUACGACAUCCACGCCAAAAUGCAGGCGAUACAGGAAACACUAGGUGCCGUUAAGGACGAGCACGAGAAACGCCUCAAGGACCUGGAAGCCUCCGUCCGGCAACUCCUGGGCCUGAAGGAGAAGCCCCUGUUACCUUUCGGCCUGGAUCAUCAGGAGAAGAAGAAGAAGAAGGGCUACACGAUCUUCGAGGACGGCCUGCUGGCUCGCCUGGAGAGCGAGUUCUAUCGCCUGAGGGAGAUGGUGAAGCGGAAGGACCAGACGAUCCUCGACACGGAGCUCAAGCUCAACGAGUCGCAGCAGCUGGCCCAGAACAAACAGGUGGAGGCGUUCGCGCUCAACCGACGUCUGCUGCACGCCGAACACAAGGUGGCGCUGUUGGAGCGCGAGAGACGCAUUCUCAAGAACCAGCUGAAGGACAAGACGUACCUGCUGCGGGGCGCCACGCACAACGCCACCGCCACGGGAUCUAAGAUGGCCACCAUGGAGGAGCAGCUGCUGCGGCUGGUGAGGUCGGAGAGCACGCUGAGGGAGGUGUUGAUGACGUGUCAGCUCGAGAAGAACCACACCGAGGCACAGCUGGCCGUCUACAAACACAAGGCCAGCCACAUCCUCUCCAAGCAGAAGACGCUCAAGGGAACGCUGAGGAUCCGAGAGAGCGAACUCAUAGACUGCUAUUCAGCUAAAACUCAGUCAUUCUGCGGCUUUGAAGACCCGUACAUCUGCGGCUUCACCCAGGAGACAUACUCGGAUUUCUUCAACUGGACGCGAGUUCAGGGCAAGACGCCAUCUGGGAACACCGGACCAGGCAACGGUGACCACACGUGUGGAACUACCAGUGGUCACUUUAUGUAUAUCGAGGCGUCGGCGAAAGGCCGCGGCAACAACGCCAUCAUGUACUCCCCUCUCUACCGCGGCAUGGACGAACAGUGCAUCGCCUUCUUCUACAACAUGAACGGCCGCAACAUCGGCACUCUGAACGUGUACGCCAAGGCAAGAGGGGCGGAACUAUUUUCUGUGUGGAGAGCGUACGGUAACCAAGGAGACGUAUGGAGUGAGGCACGAUUAGGGAUUCCCAAACAGCUGGCCAGGGCAGGAUACCAGAUUGCCUUUGAAGGAAUUACGGAAAGUGGUUACCAAGGAGAUAUAUCUAUUGAUGACGUCACAGUGACGAGUGGUGCUUGUAAAGUAGAUAGCGUCAUCACAUCGGUCAAGGUUGCCGUUAAUUCAACGAUUCUGGACGAAGCGAGUAAAGCGUUCGCUCGCAAAAUUAAACGUGGCCGCAAAUCACGCAAACGACAAAAGAAGAGGACAUAAGAACUGGUGUGAGACCCCUAACUUUGUCCACGAGACCAAAACUGAAACAUGAACGGGUUUUAUGGGAAUGUUGGUACUGUGCAGAAUAUUGGAAUUUGUGAAUAUUGAUUGUUAGUAUAAAGUUAGUUAUGCAGUAUGCAACUCGUGAUUACGACGAUUUUCCUGUGAUGGCAUUCGCAUUUGUAGUAUUCUUGUACCAAACGAAAAACAGUACCUCUGGUAUUUGAACAUCACGAAUACAUAGAUAUUACGUAGAAAUCCUAUUGCGUGACAUUAGCAAGUUAGUUAACAAAACUGGUGUAACUUACAGUUUACGACACAUCAUAUGUGGUUCACGGAAACCAAUUGGUGUAUCAGUUUCUGUUUUCAUCAGGGCUGAGUUCAGCCAGACGGAGCAAAAAACCCGUUCGCUUCACUGAUUUAUGUGGUUCACGUUGAUCCAAAAUGACUACGCAGGUAACCAAUGAAAUAGUUCGCGAACGCUAGGGUCGCUAGUUGUCGCUGAACCCAGGGAAGUACUUGAAUGUUUCGCAACUGAUGCUGGAUAGGAAUGUGUCCCUCUGUUUAUACACGUUUUGUUUGCUUGAUACAUGUUUUGUUUUAUACACGGUGUAUCGCCGGAUUCGUAAUUUAUAAAACGUAUUUGUUAUAUGGGCCACUUGAUAAUACACCCCUAUAUUUCGGACCAUGGUAGGCCUAUGCCAUUAUUUUGAUUUAUAAAAACUAUUAAUAAAUUUCAACAUUUGUUUCACAGGCAUGUAGCCAUUUGGUGGAGGGGGACAUCCAGGUUUGAAGGGAAGUAUACUUAACACACACACACACACACACACACACACACACACACACACACACACACAUACACACACACAAUAGCUACAAUGAAAGCAAUGAAAUAAACGUCACAAUGGCUUUAUUGCCAAAAUCAAUUACAACUGAGGAUAUAUCUUUGCCUGGGCCGAUAAAUGGGGAUCGGGAGGACAUGCCCCCCCCCCCCCCCCGCCACACACACACACACUUUUCCCUGUCACUCUGUUCUGAAUGUUGGAAAUGCUGUAUUUUAACACCUGAAAUUCAAACAUUUCUCUGGAAUGCAUACCUACGACCCACCCCCAAGAGGUUCCAGUUCUCAAAUAUAAUAAUCUACAUUCAUCCCCUAGACCAUUGAAUUAAUGGUGGCCCCAAAUACUCACACGGAACUAUUUAUAUAUAGCGUAAACGUGAAUCUACACAAGCCAUUUGCGUACAUAUGGAGCGCCGCUGAUGAUUAAAGUUUAUGUCGGCGCUACAGGGUUAUAACUUACACUGUCGCAAAAACUAUCUAAAUGUCUUGUUAUUUGUGUUCCUAGGAUAAGAGAUGAGUCAGUGAGUUGAGUGAUUGCUGUUAGGUACAGACAUCAUCAAUCUAUCCGUAUAAAACAUCCAUCAGAUUCUAAGGGUGGGGGGGGGGGGGGGGGGGGGGUGCCGUUUUUCAAGGUUACGGGCCUGCUAUUUCCAUGGACGCAAUAUUAGCUGUGUUAUUUUAGUGACAUGUACUGUAUAGUUCAUCAUAAUUGUUGUUUUUUGAGAAUAAAAUAUUGUAUUUUAAAAUCAAAA